AUGUCAAACAGUGACAUCGACACCCAGCUGUUGCUGUUCCGGCGCCAAUACCUACAGCUGUUCGAGCCAGACUUCCUAGCCUGGCCCCCGCCCCAGCUCCUCAGAAGCUCCGAUGCGCAGACGUGGCUUCACAAGAACCUCUUCGACGAGAGCCGAAACCCCCGGCUGCCGCCUGCGAGGUACCAGCUGCGUGUGCUCCAGCCGCUUGUCACCCGGAUAGAGAAAGCAAUACAUCAUGCAGGUGAAGGGGAGCUUUGUGAUGAUUUGAAAGCGCGCCUCGCGUCUCUCUCAACGCACGGCUUCCCCUCAGAGUCCCUGGCAGUUCAGGAGAACGCCUACGUGACAUUCACAUGCCUACCAGAACAUCGAGUCUCAAGUGAAGAGAAUGACGACGCAGCCGACGACCCCACAGUCACGCUUCUCGAGCAUCGAAGUCUGGUACAAGGGUCCAAAGUAACCGGUUACCGGACCUGGGAAGCAGCGCUCCACCUAGGCGCCUAUCUCCUCACUGAAGCCGGCGCGCGCCUCGUCGCUGGGAAGAGCGUCCUGGAGCUCGGGGCCGGCACGGGGUUCCUCGCUGUUCUGUGCGCUAAGCAUCUACAGGCACGGCAUGUCACGACUACGGAUGGCGACGCGGGCGUCGUGCAUUGCUUGAGGCAUAAUCUGCGGCUCAAUGGGCUUGAUGAUGGCCGGCGCGUGAAGGAGGCUAAGAGGUUGUGGUGGGGCGAGGAGCUGAGGGGGAUGUGGGUGGAAGAGGCUUGUGAGUGUGAGGGUUAUGAUGUUGUCGUUGGUGCUGACAUCACAUACGAGAAGGGGGCUGUCAUGACCCUUGCGUUGACGCUGCAACAUCUGUUCGAUCUCAGGCCGCGGCUGGUGGUCAUCAUUGCUGGCGUGGUUCGCAACGCUACAUUCCAAGCUUUCAGAGAUGAGUGUGUGCGACGUGACUUCCUAGUUGAGGAAGUGCAAUUUGGAGUGAAGCCGAUGCGUGAGCAGAAGUGCUUGUUCUACGCAGCAGCCAUGCCUAUCAAGAUUCUGAAGAUUACUCGUCCUGCUUGA